CUGCGUUUUUGGAGUGUUGGAGGAGAGGAAGCUGCUGGGUUAAUUUCAGUUGAAACUGAAAAAGGUGUUUACAUGAUUGUUGAUGGUGAAUUGCAGUAAUUGGAAUUAACUUCCAAAUCUGGUAAAGAAGAAUCCUUCCUCACCCAAAACCUCUCUCUCUAAUCCUUCACCAUGAGCAGGUCAGGUCAGCCCCCGGAUCUGAAGAAGUACAUGGACAAAAAGCUUCAAAUCAAGCUAAAUGCAAACCGAAUGAUUGUUGGAACCUUGCGUGGAUUUGACCAGUUCAUGAAUCUGGUGGUUGAUAACACUGUAGAAGAUGAUAAAAAUGGAUUUGUCAACCUUUGGAAUUAUCUUGUGGGCAAUUACGAUGAAUAG